ACGCCAUAAGCACAUGGCAAAUUAUAGAUAUUCAUGUGGAAUUGACACUUGUAAUGCUACUUUCACAACAUUCACUGCCUUCCGUUCCCAUAUGCACAGGAAUCACAGAGGAAGGGAGACCACUGAGGAGGACUCAAAGUUCACAGGUGACCUCAGAUGUAAAGUUCCUGGAUAUAGAAGGUGAGGGAGAUUUGAGCAACAACAAAGUUGCCAUAACAGCCGUAGUGCUCAUGAUGAAGCAUUACAAUGAAAAAGAAGACUCCCUCUUUCUCUUGGCAGAUGAAACAUCCACCAAGAUGUCUAUUGAAGCAGAAAGAAACCUGCCCAUCACUCCAAGGCUGAUAAUACUUGGUAGGAGUUUAAUGACUGCCACCAGCUGGAUGGUCAGUGCAGAGGGGCGUAUUAUCUUUGAGCUGGACAAAGAGAACACCUUUGCUGAUGCACUGUCGGUCUUCUUUGCAUCAUUUUAUGUGCUCAACCUGGAGUACCAAGAGGCCGCAUGCACCACAUUGGAGCUGAUUCAAAGAUUUUUUGUCAGGAUCAACCCUGAAGAAGGGACAAAAUGUACCUCGAAAGUUGGCACGAGCAGAAAGACGGGGAAUGUGGUCAAGCGAAAGGUUGUUCAAAUUAAUCCCCAUGUCACAACCUUCCUCCAACGGCUGACGGAAUUUGAGUGGAAAACUUCAAAUUAGGUAUGACUGGUUUCAUUCUUACUAACUUGAGUUUAAUACAGCAGAUACUUCAAGGCAGAAUGUGUUCUUAAAGUGUAGUUGUGUCCAUUUUUGGGACAUAUCUGUCUCCACAGAUGACCAAUCGCCUCAGUGUUCUGGGCAACACGUGAAGAAGCCACCCACCUCAGCACCCUGCAAAUAACUGGCUGUAUAGUUUAAUUCUUUUUUGCAACUGUGUUUAUGUAUUUUUACCUCUAUGUACCACAGUUUAUUUCUACCAACACAUAAUUUGCACGUUUUGAGCUAACUCUAGAGGAGGCUCCCCCUGAUUUAUGGUGGGAUUUUUAUUUCAAUGUAAAAAGAGAAAUCAAAUUAAAAGAAAAUGAAUAUCCAGUG